UGUUAUCGUGUUAAAAUGAAUCGAUUCGACAAAGUUUACGACACAGCGACACGCCAGUCGCAGUGGGCGGGAUUCUGUCAGCGGAGUCGCAACGCGACCAAUCACGAGAGUCGAGCGUGCGCACAAACGCGCGAUAAUGCGUCAGUCGCAUCGCACCCCGCUGUGGAGGUGGCGCGUUUUUUUCGUCGCAAUCGUAACUACGCCUUUAUAUCGACGAUUGAAGUGAUUUGUCAAAAUGUCAGUCUUUAAUCCAGUUCAAUUGAUAGAUGAAAUAAAAAAGCGACCGGGUUUGUACAAAGCUGAUCAUCCUACAGACCGCGAGGAAAAAUUGGCGUUAUGGAAAGAAAUAGGAUCGGUCAUUUACCAAGGUUGGGAAGAUUUCAACAAGGCGACAGCUUAUGACAGAGUUCUACAGUUGCAAAGGAAAUGGCGGUCGUUGCGGGACGCUUACAACCGAGAGCUGCGCGCGCGCCGCUCGGGCAUCAGGAUCAACAGACGAGUGUAUCGCUACUUCAAGAGGAUGAGCUUCCUCGGAGGCUUCGAGGGCAGUUUGAGUGCAGACGAGGAACUGGAUGAAGAUAUAAUGCUAGAGGCACAGAUACCAGAAGAGGCAUUGAAUAUUGAAACGGUUAAAGUUAAGAAGGUGAAACGUGAGAAAAAGAAGAGAAAACGGGAGUCCAGCGAGGGCAGUCACCAGCCAACUGAGGAGUUGGAGAUGCCCAUGUUUCCGAUGGAAAUAGCUGAGACGGAGACGGACAGUGAUCGACUGUUCCUGUUGUCGUUUCUCCCUGAAAUGAGGCAGCUGCCUAUCAAUAUCAAGAUGUGGGUGAGAGCUCAGAUCGCUAACGUGAUGCAAGAAGCUGUCUCUUGUCACUAUAACAACACCACGCCAGGAACAUCGAGUGACAAAAACUUUAUAGAUAUCAAACGACCACGGCAUGAUAGUACAGAGUAGGAUAAGGUUAUAGAAGUUGCUAAUUAAUUCAUUGGUGCUGUUAAAGAUAGUUUUAGAGGGGAUAAGUACCAUAUUGUUUUUGUUGUUGUUUAAGUUUCAAUGAUUGUAAGUAUAUUUUUGUUGGCAUUGUUGGUUGCAUAAAAACGUGUAAUUAUUCUUUGAAGCUAAAA